AUGGCUUCGAUCGCUGGAAAGGUCUUUGCCUUGACGGGCGCAUCGUCUGGUCUAGGCUUGCAUACUUGCUGUCGUCUGGCGAAGUUGAAUGCUCGAGCCAUAUCGAUUGGCGACAUCAACCCAAAGUCGUUCGAGGGUGCUAGGAAGAAAAUACUGGCCGUCAACCCUGACACGCAAGUCACUAUGACCAAGGUAGACGUAUCGUCAAGUCUGGAUGUCAAUGCCUGGAUCAAAGAUACCGUCAGUAUCUUCGAUGCCCUCGACGGCGCGGUGAAUUGCGCUGGGGUGAUCAACAUGUCUGGUAGCCAAAAGACGCCUUUCUUCUUGAACGAAACCGAUGAGACAUGGAACAGAAUACUUGGGAUUAAUCUGUCAGGAAUGCUGUACAGCAUGAGAGCGGAAGUCAAGGCCAUGUCGGAAUUACCCAAGGUGCCUCGAAGUAUUGUCAAUGUGUCAAGUGCGGCGAGCCUUUUUCACGAUCCGAGCAUUUUGUCAUAUUGUGUGACCAAGGCUGGCGUUGCCAGUUUGACGACGACCGUGUCGAAAGAAUUGGGGCCUUUGGGGAUCAGGCUAAACGCAGUGUCCCCUAGUGCAACAAAGACUGGAAUGUCCUUAGCAUGGUAUAAGGAUGAAGAUGAGGCAGUCGCUGAUAUGGCUAAGCGAGGCAUAACAUUGCUUGAACCUGACCAAGUCUCCGACACGAUCGUGUGGUUACUGAGUGAGGCAUCGGAUGGAAUCUCGGGCGUGAACAUUCCCAUCGGUACAGGUGCUCCAUGA